AAUGAUUCCAAAGGUCCAAAGAAAGGGUCCAUCAAUCUGACGCUUUGUGCUGCAGUCCGCAAGAAUUUGAAUGUCAGCGACGUUGCAGUGGAGAACAGCAAAGGGGCCUUGCCAGCAGCAGGAGAAGAUGAAAAGGAAGACAAUGACUCGCCCUGGGAUUCUGAGACCGAUUCUGAAGAUGCACCAGAAAAUGUGCUGCCUCCUGCCUCAGUCAGCAAGAAUUUGGAUGAGCGAUCUAUUGCAGUGGAGCCCAGCAAAGCUAUCCUGCCAGCAGCAGGAGCAGGGAAGGAAGAAAAUGUUGACCCUUCUUCUGAGAAUAAGCUGCCUACAUUGGAGAGAGAAAAGCUUCAGCUAAGAUUUGAUUCUUCAACUCAAACAGAUUCUCAGCUGGACAUACAGCCAUUGCUCACGCAGCUGCUGGAAAUGCUUGAUGAAGUUCUCAAAACAAACUCUCCGGCAGAAGCUUCACUUGCAACUAUGAAGACCCACAGCAAGGACGUGAAGGAACAGAAAGUGCUGAUGCAGGAGAAAUUGGAGAGGUCUGAAACUAAGGAACCGAAAGAGCGUCAUGUCCAGAAUGAAUGUUCUCCUGAGUCACUGAAGAACGCCCCAAAGGAGAAGGGAGUAAGAAUUCCCAGGAACCUGCAAGACCUUCCUCCUUUACAGAACAUGCCUUUACGUGCAGCUGUUCGUGAGCUGAAAGAACGCUUUCAUCGUCUCGAAGUUGACUACGCCAGGCUGGAAGCCACAAUCCAGUGUCAAGCCAGCAUCAUCGAAAUAAUUGAGAAGUCGCGGCAAACCAAAAAGACAUGCAAUUGCUGCACCAUUCACGGAGGAGCGAGGCUCAAGCUACCAUGAGAAACACAGUCAUCUCUCCAGUGCAAUUAAACCAGCAGUGCUUGAGCCCUUUCAGUGAAGACUCUGAGGCAAACUACACGGAGAAGGGCGCUCUGGAGCUGAGACCCUCUUUGAGGCUGAAGACAUCAGAACGACCACCAGAACAACAUCCCAAA